AGACUGGAGGAAUAGAAGUCAUUCAUUAGUUAUUCGUUAGUUUGAAAGUUUAUUCGUUGAUUAUCUUUUUCAAGGCGUGAAGAUGACUUUCUCCAUAUGGCUGCAAAGCAUUAAAAAGGCGGAAAAAACAUCUUCCGUGCUGGGAAAUGUUCGGACAGUUUAUUAUCGGUUUUCAGAUGGACGAGAAAUGAUUGAGGAAUACAGUAUAGAAACCGGCCUCGUACUAAAGCGUGCCUGGAAAGUACAAUCUAGGUUGACUCGAAAGGAGGAAUGGCAAAUUGAACUCGGUGACUCAAAAUGCCCAAGUUUGAUUGAUAACGAACCCAUGUUGAAGGAGGCUGAAACAGAACCAAUGGUGUGGAAGAGGAUUACUAGAAAUUUUAUCGAGUGGCGUAUUAGAAAUCUGCCUUAUCCACUCCCUACCUAUACAAUCACCUGCAAUGGUACUUCUAGGACUCUAACUAUAAAAACGUCUAAUAAUAAAUUUUUUAAGGAAUUAGAUAUUCCGGAGUUUCAUCGCUGCAUGUUUGAACCAAAACGAGAAGAUUUAUCGGUUAAACAUCAAAAUUCCACUUUAAUAUUAACAUAUAAGAAACCAUUGGUUCUACUGGAGAUGGAAAAGGCUGUAUUAUUGGAACUACAAGAUCUAGAUACUUUCGAUAACGUUGUGUGAUACUUUCGAACCCUAUUACAUACCGCGAAAUGACCAAUAAAUUCUACUAAGUUUAACGCAA